AUGUCUUUCCCACGGCCAUCUCAUCGCGAUGACUUCGAAGUUGCGAUUGUCUGUGCCUUGAAGGCUGAGUUCGAUGCGAUUUCCCUCGUCAUUGAUGAGUUCUGGGACAACCACGAUGAUCCAUAUGGGAAAGCAGUGGGGGAUACAAACAGUUAUCGAACUGGCCGUAUCGGCAAGCAUAAUGUUGCGCUGUUACAACUUCGCCAAAUGGGCAAAGCACAUGCAGCUGCAGCUGCAGCAAGCCUUCGAUCAAGCUUUAACAAAUUGCGGCUAGUGCUCUUAGUUGGAGGUUGCGCCGCAGUCCCUCAAAGAAAGAACGCGAAUAUUGUGCUUGGCGACGUUAUUAUCAGUACAGGUAUUGUCCAGUACGACUUUGGGAGAAAAUUUCCAAACCAGUUCAUACGCAAGGACACACCUCAGGAUAAUCUUAUCAAGCCUUGUAAAGAGAUUGGAAACCUUUUAAAUGCACUUCAAACAGCGACCAUAACGAAUCAUCUCUUGACAAAAACGGCCAGCUUGUUAACAGAUCUUCAGAAAAAUGCACGUGAUAAGGGUUAUGGAUCCAGAUACGAAUAUCCUGGAGUGAAUGAAGACAAGCUGUAUAAGGCUGACUAUCAUCAUAAACACCAUAACUUAGAGUGCCACACGUGCAGCAUGACUCAUGAGAUGAUGUGCGAUACAGCACUGUGGACUACCUGUGAGGAUCUCGGAUGUGGGGAACAAGGCUUAGUGACCGGUCGCCAGCGACUCGAAGAAAAGCUCAAGUUAUGUCAGAGUGGCGAUAUCACGCAUCAAAACCCAAACAUUUUUUUCGGGUUAGUCGGCUCAGGGGAUACAGUGAUGAAGUCUGGAUGCGACCGAGAUAAGCUAGCUGCUGCCGAAGAUGUUAUAGCUUUUGAGAUGGAGGCAGCCGGGCUAUGGGAAGACGUGCCGAGCCUUGUGAUUAAAGGUGUGUUUGACUACGGAGACUCUCACAAGAAUAAGCUAUGGCAUCAUUUUUCUUCUGCAACAGCAGCCUGUGCCGCCAGAGCAAUCAUCGAGCGUCUGGCUCGGACAGGGGGAUCUUCACUUUCGGUUCCUACAGUUGGUAAGCGACUGACUUCAUCCCUUCUUUUCUUUUUUCUUCAUUUCUUUUCCUCUAUUUUUACUUUUCAUCAAUUGAAGGAGUAG